AUGUUCGCCGCAGGCCCGAGACAGCACGAGUUUCAGGGCUCGGAGGGAGGGUGCGGGGAAAGGGGGACUGGGCUUGUCGCGUGGGCUACAGCGGGGUUCUCCCCAGACGCCCCUCCGCGCUUUCUGGAGAGGGCGCUGGCGGUGCGCGUUUUGGCAGCAGGGGCGGCGCGGAGGCCUGUGGGUGGGGGGACGGCCCGCCCUCUCGGGACCCGGCCGGGGCUCCAGCGCGCCCGCCCCGGCCGCACCACCGCUUCCUGCUUCCCAGCUCGUGCGCCCGGCACCGGCCUGGCCUGCAGCACCAUCUACCGGCCGCGCGGGGCAGAACCGGGCGCACCGCUCUCCGCCGCCACCCAGUAUCACAUGCUCACACAGGCGCACGCGUCUCACGGCGUCCUACACACAACAGGCCACACAUCGCUCAGCCGGCACCGCGUCCGAAUUCUGCUUUCCCGCCGCCUUCCCCCAAACACACACUCACAAACCUUCCAGAAGCCGAUGCCAGCGGAGGAUUCCGAAUGCAGCUCCGAUGAAGCCAGCAUCUCCCCCAUCUCAUCCACCUUGUUGAACCCCAUCAAACUGGCUGUGACCCAACCGAACAGCCGCUUCUUUGCAGGGAUGCUGGAGGGGGAGCUGAACAAACUCAACCUAUCCACACUCGCCAACAAUGAAGAAAAGGGGGACCUGGCCCUCUGCCCCCACAAAUGUAAGUCCCAAAUGGUCCCUGGGGGCCUGCUGGAUGUUGACAACCCUGAGCUGGACACGGACACCUCAACGCUCUCUGAGUCCUCUGUGGUCAUGGACGUGCCAGCACCACCCUUCAUCUGUGAACACACCGUCAAUGACACCACAGCUGUGAUUUCCUGGACCUAUGCCUUGGGCAAGCAGCAGGUCAGUUUCUACCAGGUCCUGUUGCAGGAGAUGAUCAAGGAAAGUGAUGAUGAGCUGCCCAAGGCAAAGAAUCGCCCGUGGAUCUUCAACAAGAUCUUUGGCACCACCGUCAAGCUGAUGGAGCUGAAACCUAACACCAGCUACUGCCUCACCGUCCGCGCGGCCAACACGGCUGGGGUGGGGAAGUGGUGCAAGCCCUACAAAUUUGCAACUGUGGCCACUGACUUCAACAGCUUCCCAGAGAACAAUCCCAUCCAGGUCACCGUGCAGCGCAGGGAACCCCACAGGAAAACCGUGUCCAUCGGGCUCGAGGACAUGCGGAGGCUAGAGGAUCUUGAGUACCUAUUUCCCUACUAA